GAACAUUUGGGAGGAGAUCGGAGCGUUGAGGUGAUACAUCGUCUUGACUAUUUCCAAAACGAAAAUUUUAGACGAGGGUAUAUAAAGGAAGUGAGACGUUUUGUUAGUGUGGACCCGGUUUAG